AUGCCCGUCUCGCAUUUGACCUUGACUGUCUCGCAUUUGCCCACCUCUACUUCCUUCUUCCUGUCUUGCCUGCAGCCUCUGGGAUAUCAGUUUAUUGGACGUCAGGAUGGCUAUAUUGGAUUCGGUCAGAAACAGGGGGAGCCUGCGGACUUCUGGAUCACCGAGCAAAAGCCGGGAAUUCUACCCAGCGCCGUGCAUGUAGCAUUUCCUGCGCCGUCGAAAGAUGCUGUCACCGCAUUCUUUCAUCAGGCCAUGCAGGCCGGCGGCAAAUUCCAUGGCGAGCCCAAGACGCGGGACUCCUUCGGUUAUCACAGUGCAGCUGUGCUCGACUUCGAUGGGAAUAGUAUCGAAGCCGUGUAUCGACCCGGAGGCACCGUUGUUGCAUCAGAGGCCGGGAGUCCGACAAUAGCUCUGCUAGAGAACGGAUCUGUGGCCUCGAAAAGCAGCAGGGCCAGCACGAUCAAGGCACCGAGCACCAUCGCUCCACCGCGGUCAGAAGCCAAAUCGCGGGCUCUCUCCAAGGCGCCCACGACCAUUGAGCGGGCUGCACCAACGGUCGUCUCUCAACAGUCGAAAGCCUCUCCACUCGCCUAUGGACCACCUCCAGCCCAACAGUCCGAUGAUGGAAGCAAAGCAGCCAAAACAAUCGUGGGCACGCUCAUUGGCGCCGCCGCAGGAGCGGCCAUUGCAUACGCUAUGGUGAAGGGCGACUCACAGUCCUCCUCCGAAACCAAAGAGGCGCCAGCGCAAUACAUCCCCGAGUGGCCGCAGCUUAUGCCCGCAUUCUCACAAACUUCCCACUCUGAGAGCCAGGCGCAACCGUACCAGCAGAUGCGCGCUAUUGAAGCCCCUCCCACUCGCAGCGUCUACACGACAGCCUCGGCCCCCCGUUCCUCGCUCACCCGGAGCAUCGCCUCCAAGAACCCGCGCGCCAGCACCCUUUACGAGGCUACCGAGUUCUUCGACGACCACGGCCGCCGUGCCUCGGAUGGCAGCAUCUUCUCAGUGCCCGAGGACAUGCACCUCCGCGCAAUCGAGUACCCGCCCUCCAGCGCCAGCUCGGCCCGUCACCGCGGCGCCAGCACCCUCAUCAGCAGCUACGCCGCCGACAAGCCACGCGCUCUGCCCAGCCCGGGCAGCACCCACUCCGCGUCCACUGUCAAAGCCUCCAGCACACAGCGUCGUCAUAGCCACGAUGACCGUGCUUCCUACACCUCCCAUCACAGCCACCACUCUAGUUACCGCGCCAUGUCCUCCCACAGCGUGCGCUCCUCUUCUUCCAAACCUCCCUCUAAGGCCCCCUCCAAGGCCGCCUCCACUGCCUCUUCCACCCGCACCGCCCGCAACAUCCCCCUCCCCACAGACUCCGUCGCCAGCGCUACCCGCUCGUAUGUGUCCGCCCGCGACGUGCCCCUGCCCGGUAGCAUCGCCGACCUCGACGUCGACUCGCACGUCACGCCUGACGACUCCAUCAGCCAAGUGGGCGGCAGUCGGUCUGGCCGGUCGUCGCACUCGCGGCAUGGCGGCAGCCGCCACUCGUCCAGGUCGAAGUUUGACGACCCCGUGCGUCCGGCAGACAGCGUCAGCCAGGUGUCGCGGGCGUCACAGCGGACGAUCAAGGCCGGGUCAGGCAGCCACGCUGGGUCGAAGGUUGGAAGUCGCCGAGGGAGCCAGGUUGUCUUUUGA